ACCGUGAACGGAGCAGCCCCCGGUUCUCCGGCUCUUCACCCUCCCCCCCCCCCCCCCCCCCACACCACCAACCCUCAGCUUCACCGCCGGCUCCGUGCGGGAUGCGAGUGUCCGCCGCUGCUGCCUCCGUUCCCUCGGGCCGCCUGGAGCCUGUGGCAGCGGACUGUCCGACCUGCCAGCAAUGCAAGCGGGUCCACACUAAGGAUCGCAGAGUGAAAAUACCUCGCCCAUUAGGACAGGGUCCAAGUGCCUUCAUUCCAGUCAAAGAGAUUCUGCAGAAAGAUCUAGAAGAUGCCGAGAGACAGAUCUUCAUUGAAGCCUUUGUCUCCACUGGUCGUGUAGAUAAUGUUACCAUGGUGAUGGGCUUGCACCCACAGUACCUUGAAAGCUUUUGGAAAACACAGUACUAUCUUUUACAGAUGGACGGCCCUUUACCCUACCACUAUAGACAUUACAUUGCAGUAAUGGCUGCUGCACGGCAUCAGUGUUCCUACCUUGUCAGCCUCCAUAUCAAUGACUUUCUUCAGGUUGGUGGAAAUCCUGAAUGGCUAAAUGGCCUCAACUUUGUACCUCAGAAAAUGAGGAAUCUCAAUGAAAUCAACAAAAUCCUAGCACAUCGACCGUGGCUGAUCACCAAAGAACAUAUAGAGGUAAAUUGGGAGAGAAUUUGAUCAUGACUAAUUUAAAAUUAAGUAAAAUGCUCAUAUUUUCUCUGCAUCAAAGAUAAUUUAUUUAUAAAGACUUUAUAAUUAUCCUGUUCAGAGAUGUUGUUACACAUCUCUGGAGCAAGUGGGAUCUGAACCUGGGCCUCCUGGCUCAGAGAUGGGGACACUAUUGCUGAACCACAAGAACCUAAACAAAAGAGAAGUUCAGCCUGCAAUCUGACCAUAAUAUUCUGGUUAUUUUAAUCA